GCUGUCGCCAUUGUUGUACACAUAACACAUAAUUUGCAUUCAGCUGUCCCCCGUGUGACUGGACUCAUGCGGCAUGUUGAAUGGGGCAAGUGCAUAGCUACAGACCACGUGACAGUACAGUGGGCGGAGACUUGCAGAUGCUUUCGAAAGUGUUGCACUGAUUUCAGUCAGUCCAACCGGUUUACCCACGCCACGACCCCGGCAUCCCCUGCAUCUGUCAGACGGUUAACGUGAAACAAUGAAGAUCUGGACAUCAGAGCACAUUUUCAACCAUCCUUGGGAGACAGUGACCAAGGCUGCUAUGCAGAAAUAUCCCAACCCGAUGAACCCCAGUGUGAUCGGAGUGGAUGUUUUGGACAGAAGCAUCGACAAACAGGGACGCCUCCACAGCCACAGACUGCUCGGCACAGAGUGGGGUCUUCCAUCCAUCGUGAAAACUAUCAUUGGCAACGCACGAACAUACACGUACGUUCAGGAGCACUCGGUUGUGGAUCCCAAAGAGAAGAUUUUCGAACUUCAGUCUUCAAAUAUCACUUUCACAAACCUGGUGUCUGUGGAUGAAAAGUUAACAUACAAACCACACCCUGAGGACCAAGAGAAAACAAUAUUGACCCAGGAGGCGAUCAUCUCUGUGAAAGGAGUCAGCCUGAGCAGUUACUUGGAGGGAGUAUUGGCCAGCUCCAUGUCUGCUAACGCUGGAAAGGGCCGUGAAGCCAUGGAGUGGGUAAUCGGGCGACUGAAUGCAGAGAUCGAGGAGCUGGCAGCCACAGCACGCGCGACCAUGCGAGUCCCUAUGGCUGCUGCGGUCACUGAGAAAUGACACGGGCACAUAGCCUCCCUUUAUGAUGCUCUGGUGCUACGUCGGUGCUCUGGAGUUUUUAGGGUACAAUCCAUCCAUUUCAUAUACUUUUACUAUCUACAUUAGAUAAAUAUAUUUUUUAACAGCAGACGACAACAUGAAAGGAUCCGGUGGAGCGUCUUUAGGGGAUGCUGCCUGGCAGGACCGCAGUGAUAAGACACUCUGGGACAAGUUUAAACACCACUGUUAUCUGUGGGUUUAAAAACAUAAAGCUAAGAGGUAUCCGAGGCACUUGGAUGAGCUGAAAACACGGGAGGUGCCAAAGCAGACGCGUACCUCUUUGUGAGGUACCCCUUUUACCUCAGAAGUUUCCUGUCGAGACACACGGGCAGAAAACAAUGCCUUGUGAGCCAGGAGUCACGUGCAAUACUUGUCAAGGGUACAUGAAAGAGGUUUUGAGUGUAUGUGAGUAAACGGUUUGGUUGACAGUGAUAUGUCAAUGAAAUGUUUCACCGUCACCGGUUUAUGUGUGCAACAGAGCCAUCUCCAACAAGGUUUUCAUGUGGAACCUCAGUAAUGAAAAGACAAACUGCACAAGGCAACAUAGACUGUAUAAUGUAAUCAUGUUAGUUAACUGAAAUGAAGGGAUCAUAAUGUCUGCCAUAUUUAUGUUUUUGAAGUAACGUAGAAGACCUUCUCAAAUGCUGUGUUUGUAUAACUUAUAUUUAACUAAGAAAGAUGUGCGGGGACUAAACACAACGGUACAAAUGUUUUGUGACAUUUUCAGUUUCACUACUUGGAUAUGUUGCUCAAGUCAAACAGUUGUAUUAAUACUAAUGUUCCUCUGUUAUAACAGCGUGAGAACUGAGACCUUUGCAUAGACUUUUAUUUGCUCUUAUAAAACAAUAUAUGCUAACAAUGAAAAGCUGCUACACAUGUGACGAUCUGUAAAUGUUUGUUUGAUAGAUGCAUUGUUUUUGAGGUCUUUCUUUAUAUAAAAGAUAGCAGUGUGAUGAUGCUGAAAGAUUUAGUGUCUCCAUUAUAAACAUUGAUUUUUUCUUCUUCCUGUAACAGGAAUAUGUAUUUACAGAAGUAGUGAGUUGCAACUCGGGUUGAACAUUGAGAAAUGUGAUAUCACAUGCUUAUUUUGAAAUUGCAAUGUGUGCAUUUUAUCUGGCUGCCUGUUAAAAGAAACGGUUUCACCAACUGCAGAAUGUUAUAAUAAAAUAUGUUUAACAAAUAUA